UAAUGCAGCUCAAUCAAUCGAAUAAAAUUACAUCCCCACAUUCUACACGAAGGGAUGCAGCCUACCAAACAGACCAUUAUAUAGCCGUACUCUCCUCUUCCUCCCCGUCCAUCGUCCUCCGACUCCCUGCGCCGAGUUCAAGUUCGCGCUCGCGCCUUCGUUUGCCCCCUCAAUGGAGCUCGUCGGGCUCGUGCCGACGCCUUCCUCCGGCAGGCGCGGCACCUCCUCCUCCCCCUCCUCCGCCUCCUCCUCUGCCUACGGCCCGGGGCGGUCGACGCACGCGGCGGCCGUUCUCCGCCUCAGACCCGCCGCCGACAACGGCGCCCGCACCCUCCCGCUCCUGACGCGCGCUACAGUUCCAUCCCGCACCCACUCGCUUGCGCGGCUGCCUCAGGCGAUGGCUUGGCUUCCGGCUAGCCACGCUUUCGCCGGCUCAGCCAUGGUUCGGAUGGCAUCUCCUUUCCGGCUGGCGGCUGCGGGCGCAAGACUUCUCCCUCUCCGGCGGAGGCGGUCAGGGUUCAGUCGGCAUCGGCAGCAGGUGCAGACCCGGUGCACACCGGCGGAGGCUGAGGCAGCUGGUUUCACCCGCAAGAAGCAACCUGCGCCAAUCUCAAAAGGAGGCCUUACUUGCGGCUCUGGUUUUGGUCAAAGUUACAGGGAGAAUUGGUGCAUACAUCUGCCAGAAGUUAAACCUGCAGCUGCCGAUGCCCGAGGACUGGAUCGGCGUGGCCACUACUGUCCUGCUCUUCGGCAAGUCUGCAUACAAGAUUGUCAAAGAUGCCAAAGACAUUGCGGAAUUGGUGAUGUACAUCAUCAAACUGUACACGGAUGAUUCUACAGGACCCCAGCCAGCAACAAGUGACAAGGCAUCGACAGGCGAUGAAGCUAUCCUAGCAACAAGCGAGGAGGCCAAGUGAGGAAGCUGUCAACUGCCAGAAGCUAUUGUAGCAUGUAGAUAGAGAAGAAGAUGGGUCGAUUUGAGUGAAAUCAUCUUCAUUAGUUGUCAGAGGUUUUCUCAUUUUUUUUGUUCUUUAGCACCACAGGCUAGAUGCUUAAUUCAGUUGCAUCAAGCAAAACCAACAUUAGAUUUGGUUCUGUACAAGACAAUUAGACAAAGAUGAGAUUACAUUACAGGAAACAAGUUCAGGGCUGAAUUUUUUGAA